AUGACAGUCGUUCGGCAGGCCAUUGGCCCUGAGCGAGACGUCGUCAUGAUAGUUGAAACAUGGGUCCCAGGCAUUAUUCCGUUAAAGCUCGGUGCCGAGUUACCGUGGGGAUAUACGAAGCCUCCAAAGACACUAGGAAUCAGCGUGAUUCCACCACAAAUCUUCAGCGUCGAGCAAGGCCCGACGCUCCCGGGCCCAAUUAAUUCGGGCCUUGCGGGGAACAUAGGCAUACCACACUACGAUUCGUCUGGUUCCUCGCAGGAAGCUAUUCACGCCCGUAACGUGCUGCUUGCGCGGCUUUGCAGUGCUGCCUUCGCACCAACAUGGGAUGAUCUACGUUUUGUGCUUCGCAUGUGUGGAGCAUCUGAAGACUUCAAUACCAUCUUUGACUCCGACACAUGCAUACCACAAAUACCAUCAAAUCUCGGUUUUCUGUGUCAUGAUACAACAUUGCAGAUGUGCGUGCCAAGCCUCGAGUACAGAUCUACCAGCUGGCCUAAACAUGUCAAGUUCGGAGGCACGUUACCGCGGAAAACAUUAGACGUCACAUUCGACCGCCCAGUAUGGCUAGAUGAGGUUCGACAACAGGGGCGGCAAGGCUCUAAAAAGAAAAAAGUGGUUUUCACCACGCAAGGAACGAUGGCAGUCGAUUAUUCUAUGUGUAUUCUUCCGACUAUUAUGGGACUCUCAGACAGAGAAGACAUAAUCGUAAUCGCCGUUCUUGGUGUUAAAGGUGAAUCUCUAGAGCAAGCGCCGAGCAAUGCGAUUGUACUCGAUUACUUCCCAUAUGACCCAAUCUUGGAGUUGGCAGAUGUUGUUGUUACGAAUGGUUCAUAUGGUAUCUUUUCUCAGUGUGCCCUACACGGCGUUCCAAUGGUUCUAGCCGGAGCAUUCUCAGAAGACAAGCCCGAGGUAUGCAACCGUGCCGAAUAUUCUGGGAUCGGGCUAUACAUAAGAUCCUCCUGGCCGCGGCCGGAGGAGAUAGCUGCGGGUGUGAACAAGGUCCUCGAAACCGAUAAGUAUGUAAAAAGAGCGGCCGAGAUAUCAGCGGAGAUCGAAGAAUUCAAAUGCCUGGAUACUGUUGAGAGGGAGCUCCGGAAAUUGUUUUAA